AUGAAGUUUACUUCUCGUCAUUUUAUCCGUCCAAUCUUUUUGAUUUUUGUCUCGUUUUUCUUGUUGCUUUCACCGGUUUUUCCGAUCCGUCAAGAUGACGAAAUUAUUCCACCAAAUGAUGAAUCGGAGGAGAUGAAGUUGGUUAAUGCUCAUCUCAAGAAGAUCAACAAGCCUUUUGUCAAAUCGAUUAAGAGCCCAGAUGGUGAUAUAAUAGAUUGUGUUUUAUUUCAUUCUCAACCCGCUUUUGAUCUUCCCGAGUUAAAUAGUACAGUGCCAUUGAAUAGACCACGAGAGCCGUCAAAUGGGCAUGGUAGAGCGGGAAUGAAAUCGGAAUUGAAGCAGAUAUGGAGUUCAAAAGGGGAAUCAUGUACCCCGGGAACAAUUCCAAUCAGAAGAACAAGAAAAGAUGACAUUUUAAGAUUCAACCCCAUUUCUAAAUUUGGAAAGAAAUUUAAUUCACCAAUCAAAACGGAUUAUGCCAACAAAGGCCAUGAGUAUGCGAUGGGGUAUGUAACAGGCGAAUACUAUGGAAUUAACGCAACAUUAAAUGUAUGGGCUCCAUAUGUAGCGAAUCAACUUGAAUUUAGCCUUUCACAAGUCUGGGUUAUUACUGAUGUUUCAAAUCAUGGUAUGAAUACUAUUGAAGCGGGUUGGCAGAUAUAUCCAAAGAUAUAUGGAAACAGUACUCCUAGACUUUUUAUUUAUUGGACUAGUGAUGACUACCGAAACGGAUGCUACAAUUUGUUAUGCUCGGGAUUCGUCCAAACAAAUGAUAAGGUCGCACUUGGAGCUGCUUUAGAACCAAUAUCAACAUAUAAUAAUCAACAAUAUGAAAUCAACAUAUUAAUCUGGAAGGAUCCAAACUCCAAAGAUUGGUGGUUAAAGGUGGGAUCUAGUGUGGUUGGGUAUUGGCCGUCAACUUUAUUCACAGACCUUCGAGAACACGCAGGGUUGAUUGAGUUUGGGGGAGAGGUGUACAAUGGUCAUAUAUCAGGUUCACACACAUCGACUCAAAUGGGAAGCGGCCACUUCGCAGAGGAAGGAUUUGGGAAAGCAUCGUAUAUUAAGAGUAUAGAACUGGUUGAUGGAGAAAAUAAGCUAAAUCGGGUGUCCAAAAUGAAUUUAGAUGUCGAUAAUCCAAAUUGCUAUGAUGUUACAAGUGGGUAUGCCGAUAACUGGGGUAGCUAUAUCUAUUUCGGAGGGCCUGGAAAUAAUCCAAAAUGUCUCUAA